AUGCUCUCCUCGGAUUCUAGCUGCUUAAUCGCCGCCUGGUUGUCCAUUCUCAUGGGCACUGGCUCCACUACCCGGAAACCCAGCUCACGCACCAGCUCCCGAAGUCCCAGCAGCUCGCGCCCCACCUGCGACGCUGACGUGAACUCGGCCUCCAUCGUGGAGAGCGACACGCCGGUCUGCUUCUUGCAGAUCCACUGCACCACAGCCCCGUCCAUCGUCACGACUCCUCCAGUCACCGACUUCCUGUCGCUCUUGUCGGCGGCGAAGUCUGCGUCGCUCCAGCUCUCCAAAGCCAUCACGUCGUCCUUCCUCGUCGGCGCCUGCAUGGUCAGCUUGACGCUCUUCGUCCCCUUCAAGUACCUUGCAACCCUCUUGGCCAGCUUCCAGUCACUCGUGGUCGGCUGGUGUGUCCUCCUCGUGGCCUUAUGCACAGCAAAACUAAUGUCGGGUCUCGUGCACCGUGCUAUCCAAAGCAAACUUCCCACGAGCGACUGGAAACGGCGGAUCGUUGGCUCACCCGGCGCACCCACCUUGGUCAACAACUGCGGCUCGUCUACCUCCGCCUCGUUGUGCUCAUCACCAACAGGAACCCGCACACUGUUCGCGUCUGCCAGCCCAUGCUGCUCCAGCAGCUCCUCGAUCGUCGCCUGCUAG